AUUGUUUCCGGGGGAGAGUGUGGCGGCUGCUUUGAGUUUGAGCAGUCAGUGAGACCAUAGAAAGACACUGACAGCUCCUCUGAAUCCAUAAAGGAAGUAGAUAAGACGUAGAAUUCACGAAGAAUGGAGGCAGCGGCUGGUGAUCUGAAGCAGGCUCUUCCUGUUGUUAAUGAUGCACUACAAAUUCAUGUUGAAGUCCUGAUGAAGUCUAGCAGCACGACAAAGAAAGAAGACGUGAGACAGCGGGUUCUCCAGUUGCUGAAUAAACAUAGUGUAGUCUUUGGUGAUUAUUGCUGGAAAGAAUUUGAUGAUGAAUUUCUAACAAAAAAUGUUGAAUCAGUGGCAAUUGUAGACACAGAACUCAAAGUCAAAGACAGACAACCCAUAGACUUGACAAACUGUUGUGUUUUGAUUCACAUAUUUUAUUUAAGCGAGGAUGGACCUAGUAUAGAGAAUUUGGAUGAAGAAGAAAACCUUAUUGCAGCAAAUCACUGGCUUCUUCCUGCAGUUGAAUUUAAUGGACUUUGGGAGAGCCUUGUGUAUGAUAAUGAAGUAAAAUCACAACUUCUUGAGUAUGUGGCAACAGCCAUAUUGUUUUCUGACAGAAAUGUUGACAGCAACCUGAUAGCCUGGAACAGAGUUGUGUUACUGCAUGGGCCCCCUGGAACUGGAAAGACAUCACUUUGCAAAGCAUUGGCUCAGAAACUUUCUAUCAGACUAUCUUACAGGUACAGAUAUGGUUCUCUGGUUGAAAUAAAUAGCCAUAGCCUGUUCUCUAAAUGGUUUUCUGAGAGUGGGAAGCUUGUGACAAAGAUGUUUCAGAAGAUUCAUGAAUUAAUAGAUGACAGAGAUGCACUGGUGUUUGUGCUGAUAGAUGAGGUAGAAAGCCUUACAGCAGCCAGAAAUGCUUCCAGAGCUGGCAUAGAGCCAUCUGAUGCUAUUCGUGUUGUCAAUGCUGUGCUAACUCAAAUAGACCAAAUCAAAAGGUAUUCCAAUGUUGUCAUCUUAACUACAUCAAACAUCACAGAGAAAAUAGAUGUGGCUUUUGUGGACAGAGCAGACAUAAAACAGUAUAUAGGUCCACCAGCUCCUGCGGCAAUCUUCAAGAUCUACCUCUCCUGUAUUGAAGAGCUGAUGAGGUGCCAGAUAAUCUACCCCAGACAACAGCUGUUGACCCUCAGAGAGCUGGAGAUGAUUGGCUACUUAGAAAAUAAUGUGUCCAGACUGAGUCUUGCACUGAAUAAAGUUGCAGAAAAAAGUGAAGGACUCAGCGGAAGGGUGUUGAGGAAACUACCCUUUUUAGCCCACGCACUUUACAUUCAGUCUUCUUCAGUUACAAUCGAGAAGUUUCUUGAGGCCCUUUCACUGGUUGUGGACAAACAAUUUGAAGAGAGAGAGAAGCUUGCAGACUGUACUUAAGGACUCAUUUUCAUAUGCUCUGUUCUUUUGUAAAUUAAAAUUUGCCACAUCUUGAGUGUGUGUUGGCAUUUGUAUUAUAUUCAUUAAUGCAUUUGCAUUUAAUUUCACAAGCUUCUGCCUCUGUAGAAAGAUGACUCUGUAUAAAAUGGCCAGUAUUAUCCUAAAUUGCAGAUUAUAUUCUUUUGUAUGCUGUCUCCUUAAAAGAGAACUUGUCCUGUUUUAUAAAAACAAAUAGCAAGUAAAUUCAUACUUUCACUUUUAAAUUUAUAAAUUUGUCUAAGUAUGACAGACAUUUGAGUCAUUUGCAUUAUUUUAUCUACUCCUUGUAUUGGCUAAUAUGAUAUGAAUGCUGCUGCUCAGCUGUACUGUUUUCAUAUGUGUGGCACAUGACGUACUGCACAACCUACAAUUUUGAGUUGAGGUGUUUAAUAGAAGUGCCGCAUUUGAAAAUUACAUCUGUUAUUGAGCUAAAGUCUUAGAGCUUACAUUUGAAGGACAAGGCUUCAGUGUCAUCUAGUAUUUUUCACAGUCCUUUACCUACAUUGAUGGUAUCCUUGCAGAUUUUAUAACUAUACCUAAAAAGAGUCUUAACUGCUUCCCAGGAAAUGAAAACAUUUAUAUAGGUAACAUCCCUUGGUUCAUUUUUAUAGUUUGAGGAGCUGCAGUGUUCCAUUUAUAAGCAUUUUUUUCCCUGAUUAAAUGACUAAAAAGCUUCAUCUGACCUGUGGUCAUUAAAAAUAAUGUUCUUGUUACAGAUUGUUCAUCACAGCAGCAGUACUUUAAGAAGAAUUUUAUUUCAAACUGUUCAGUAUUUAAUGUAUAUUGUUGGUACGGUAGCAGCAGUACUGAUUUCUGAUUACUGUGCAUAGGUUUCAUUGUAUUGUGUUUUAACUAGUAUACAAUGGAAUUAUUAUUUUCAGGAGUAAGUCUAGGGAAAUGUACUGUAGUGACUAUUGCAUUGCAUCUGAAUCAGUGCAUCAGCAAAUGUCUUAACUUAAACUGUUUCCAUUCUUCUCCUGCAUUUAUUUGUAUCAUUUAAUGAUGCAUUAUUUUUUGUGAAAGGUUUGUUUGUAGUUCAUUUUCAUUCAGACUGUCUCUGUAUAAAAUGUUGUAAUUAAAAUGUAAAGUUCCAAAAUG